UAUCAAAGUAGAUUGCCACGACGAAAGAAAGACAGAUAGAAAGAGCCCAAWAGCGACAGACUAGAAAGCAGCGAAAUCGAKAAAUUUCGUGACUGGUACUUUUAGAUCGCUUUUCUUUCGGGACAGAACAGAAACAGGGAGAACGAAGCCGAUCACCACAAAACGAUCAUAACCGUCAUCUGUCGAAACACWCUGUURGCAGUCCCAGGAUGAUCGUCUCUUGGUCGGCGGUGAUAGCAUCAUUGCUGCUAUUCCUUUUCAUUUGCUCCUCGGGUGUSCAUCCUUGUUUGGGAGACAAUAGCGAAGACUCGAUCGUGGAAAAAUGGAAGGCUACCGUCCCUUCCACACGAUCCCAGCGAUUUCCGUCUAUCGAAUCUCGGAUCAAAUUGUACCUGUCCAAUUGGUAUUCCCCGCCGUGCAAAGACGAUCUCGRUGGCUUUAUCCAGUACUCUCUUGGCGGUUSGGAUACAAAUACCACUUCUAAUASUGCGAAAAGAUGGCCGACACUGGAAGUAGCCGGGCUGAAGGACCACCCCACUGUCAACCAAACGAUGCGAAUAAUGUCUAAUAUUCAGAGCAUCGUCGAACCCGAUAUGCUCUUUUUCAUGGACAAGGAAACAAUUGUCAAUUGUGCUAAUUUUUCUUACGACGAAGAAUGGGGGGAACAAACCAACGACCCRUAUCGGGAACGCAUAAAAUUUCGUCACAACAUGAGAAUGUACUGUGAAGACGUGGAAGGCUUGCUCAUGCCAGCCUGGGACCAUAUUCAGUGGGAAGAGAAGGAUGCCGRCAAAGACUAUCUCCCCCCUCCCGUUCUGAUUCAGUUCGGAGACAACAAACAGUCGCACGUCUUCAAGGACGUACAGGUUCCGCACAUCAAAAAGUUUCGGUCUGCAGCACUAACACCAAACGAUUUAGAGGCYGUCACAUCGAAAGACUGCUAUUCCUCCAGAGGCGAGGGCAUCCGCGAGGCUUUGAACUCSGCUCACGGUACWCARCGCUUCCAACCGAUCGUCUGGAAGUUGGCAACGGAUCGCCACUUCAAAAAACUUAAAGACGUUUAUCGAUACGACACCCAGUGGUCCCACAAAAAGGACCAAGCCGUCUUUCGGGGCCAGCUGACGGGUUCUCGGGAUGGAUACAACAAAUACAAGAGCGACGACGAGAACUGCUACAAUAUGAAGCGCUGCCGCUUGGUGUACAACCACGCCAACUCRACGCUAAUCCAUGCCCGGUUGACUUCGACGCGGGGGAGGCUUCCCGACGUUUUGAAUGGCGUCGAACUCUUGGCCGACAAGGUAAAGAUUGAUUCGUURCUGGAAUACAAGGGCAUCAUUAUGAUCGAGGGGAACGAUGUGGCCUCYGGGCUCAAGUGGGCUCUCCUGUCACAGUCUAUCGUGUUGAUGCCGAUUCCCAAACACACCUCGUGGUGCAUGGAAGAACUCUUAGAGCCCUGGGUUCACUACGUCCCUCUGGACGACUAUGCCACCAACGUAGAGGAACGCAUGCAGUGGGUGAUCGACCACGAYGAGGAGGCCCGGCGGAUAUCAGAACGAGCGACCCUGUGGAUGGAAGACCUGGUCUUUCAUCCCGAYGCCGCGGAGGACGAUCGGCUGAUCCAGGAAGAACUCUUGCGGCGCUACAAGGCACACUUUUUGGAAGCGGGUGACGCCGAGGUACCGUAGGCGAUUCAUACGUGAUAUUACAUGCUGAUCUCCUGGGUUCGAUGCUACAGAUUCGUGGGCGGGCUCUAUUGUAAUAAUAAGGAUGUAAAAAUACUUCUAAUGCACGGUAUUAUGUACUAUAUAAAAUAACAGAGGAGUG